UAAACAGUUUACGGCAUGCCGUAUUCCGGUCGGUCCAGUCAGAAUACACGUGAGAGCAGAACCAGGCUGAUAAAAGUUUUUAAUAAAGUGUUCUUGUUGUUGUGAGAGCAGCAGCAGCAGCAGCAGCGGGGACAGCGGGUCUGUGCGGCCGGCAGCAUGCUGUACCUGGUCGGCCUGGGGCUCGGGGACGCGGCGGACAUCACGGUGAAAGGUCUGCAGGCGGUGCGGAGCUGCAGCCGGGUCUACCUGGAGGCCUACACCUCCAUCCUGACGGUGGGGAAGGAGGCUCUGGAGGAGUAUUAUGGGAAGCAGCUGAUCCUGGCGGACAGAGAGCUGGUUGAACAAGGAGCCGACGAGAUCCUGAAGGACGCCGACGUCACCGAUGUGGCGUUCCUGGUGGUGGGAGACCCGUUCGGGGCCACCACCCACAGUGACCUGGUGCUGAGAGCAGUGAAUGCUGGGAUACCGUACAGAGUGAUCCACAACGCCUCCAUCAUGAACGCCGUCGGCUGCUGCGGGCUGCAGCUGUAUAACUUCGGGGAGACGGUGUCGUUGGUGUUUUGGACGGAGACGUGGAGACCAGAGAGCUUCUACGACAAAAUCUGUAAAAACAGAACAGCUGGAAUGCACACGCUCUGUCUGCUGGAUAUUAAAGUCAAAGAGCAGAGCAUCGAGAACAUGAUGAGAGGGAAGAAGAUCUACGAGCCUCCUCGCUACAUGACGGUCAGUCAGGCUGCAGAUCAGCUGAUCCAGAUCAUCGAGAGGAGGAGGGGCGAGGGGGAGGAGCUAGGUCUGACGGAGGACACGGUGUGUGUGGGCGUGGCCCGGCUCGGCGCUGACGACCAGGUGAUCCGUGCGGCGACGUUACGUCAGCUGGUUUCCUGCGACCUCGGCGGCCCGCUCCACUCUCUGGUGGUCACGGGUCACCUCCACCCGCUGGAGGUGGACAUGCUGCGAGUCAACGAAGAACCAGACGCUCUGAAACACCUGCACGCCAUCGACAGCUCCACCUUCUGCUCCUAACGUCCAGCUGCUCGUCUUUCUGUACUCGUGAGGACUUUUAUGAGCAGAAUGCGCUUCCGAACCCCAAACACAAAACCGUAAACUGUUCUUUGAAAUCCAAACGUCCCCACUAUGAUGAUUUUUUUUAACACUUUGGUCCUCACACAGAUAGAGAUACAGGCCCAAACACACACACACAAAAGAAGAUGCAGGAAGCAGCUGUAUGUCAUAAGAAAAAUAUAAAAAUGUCUGUUUUGUUCUGUAAAAACAAAAUGUCUGGACUAGUUGACUUCUGAUGGGGGUCCCCAGUUUGUACCCUGAACCUGAACUCUGUACAUUGUGAUGUCAUCAAUAAAAAUGGGGAUCAAU